GCUACUUUUCUUGUUGUUCUUUUUGGGAUGCGUCUCAGCCCCGAAGUUCAUCUUUCACAUGGCGCAGCAUCAUGUAUGAUGGAGCAGCUGGCAGCUGGAAUGAAGAGAUGGUUCGAGCUUGUUUCAAUGAAGAUGAUGCUGAAAAGAUUUUGCAGAUACCUCUGUGCCAUACUCCUUGUGAGGAUUUCCCAGCUUGGCUACACACUAAGUCAGAGGCCGCAGAGGAUCAUGAAGCAACAGUUUUUGCAAUCACAGUAUGGCACAUUUGGGAGUCAAGAAAUGCAGUUAGAAAUGGUGAGAAUAUGAUGCAUCCCCAAUCCAUUGCACAACGAGCAGUAGCUUACAUAGAGAUGUUUCUGUUACACGUGACACAACCAAAAAAUCAAAGUAAUCCGCGAUCACGAUGGGGAUUUCAAAAUGGCCUUUUGCAAGGUGAUGGAUAGGAUUAAAGAUCCUGAGAUGGCUGAAGCUAUGGCAGUCCGAUGUGCUGUUAUUUUUGCGAAGGAAAAAAAUCUUCAACAUAUUGUUGUUGCAUCAGACUGUCAUAAUAUCAUCAAGAAGUUACAAUCACAAAAUCUAGACAGAUCUGAAGUUGGUGCUAUCAUAUGUGAUAUAAAAAACUUAGUAAGAGAGGUUACAUUCUCUUUUAUGUAUAUUCGUCGAAGUUGCAAUGAG